AAAUACUCAGCUUUCCCCUCAAAAGAGAGCUAAAGUUCAAAGAAAAUGGCUGUUACCAAAAGUAGUUUCUUGGUCGGUCUCUUGGCGUUCCUCUGCUUAAGCCUCAGCUCGGCCAAUCGAGUCCUCAAGAACAAUGAUGCUGAAAAGGAACUAUUAAGCAACAAUGUAUCUUCUGAACAAGACAAUCAAUUACAAGAUUUCAAUAAUGCUGAGUUGAAAAGUAUACCUGAAGGCAACGUACCCAAACUCAGUUCUGUUGGUUCAGGAUAUGGUGAUUGCGGUGGUAACUGUGGCAGCUCUGGUGGUGGGGGAUAUACUUAUCCUCCUAACUACGGAUCUGGUGGUGGAAGCUCUCCUCCUAACUACGGAUCUGGUGGUGGAAGCUCUGGUUGCCAACCUUGCUACACUUAUUCGCCGUGUCCGUGGCAGGGAUGCCCGGGAUUUCAAGGGUGCCAAGGAUGUCAAGGAGGGUGCCAAGGAUGUCAAGGAGGAUGCCAAGGAUGUCAAGGAGGAUGCCAAGGAUGCCAGGCACCACAUCCACCUUGUACCUUCGAAGUCGGCACGGUUAACGACUCUAAGAUCCAAGAUGAAUCUAUUCCAAUGGGUGAAGAACCUGAACCACCAGUCCUGCCAGAAAAUCAUCACAUAAAAUCCAGUGGGGGAGCAAAUCAGGACAUGAAAUCCAAUGGUGGUCUGGUUUAGAGCUUAGACCUUACCUCAAAGAAAGUGUUUUCUUCUAGCUCUCAAUAAAAAAACAUCCAUCAUGGAGUUCAUUUUCUAAUAAACUUAUGAAAUAUAGAACAUCAGGAAACUCUGUUCUAUAAUUGGAGUUUAAACUUUCCUUGCAUUGUUGGGAGAUAUAUUACAAAGCAAGCAGU